AUGAUGGAGAUGUUUGAAACCAACCCUUUUUACUAUCACGAUCAGCGCUAUCUGGUGAGUGAAAGUAUGGGCUUUCCGCACUUGGAUGGCACUGGGGUGUCUCCCCUCUACCCGGGAAGCGAGGAUGGCUUGUCUCCAGUUGGAGAGGCGAGCCAGGCUGAGCCGAACUGUGACAGUGGCGGAGAGGAGCAUGUCUACGCUCCGCCCGGCCUGAAAUCCCACUGCCCAGGCCAGUGCCUGAUCUGGGCUUGUAAGGCGUGCAAGAGGAAAUCAGCCAGCACCGACAGGAGGAAAGCGGCGACUCUCCGGGAGAGGAGGAGGCUCAAAAAAAUCAACGAGGCUUUCGAAGCGUUAAAGCGCAGGACAGUGCCAAACCCUAACCAGAGAUUACCGAAAGUGGAAAUCCUGCGCAGUGCCAUCCACUACAUUGAGAAACUCCAGGACCUGCUACACAGCUUUGACCAGCAGGAUAAACUGCAGGAGAAUGUGGACCCGAUCAACGGCUGCAAAAGCUCCCAUUCAGUGGUAACUGCUCCAGACUGCUGGGGAACAAGCAGCUGUCCUUCAGAGUGGGGGAACCUGUCUGAUCAUUCGAAUAUCCAAAAUAAAAUCCACAAAGACGGAAAUAGUUCGGAAUCAUCAGGCACCAGCAGUCUACAUUAUCUGAGCUCGAUAGUAGACAGUAUUUCAACGGAGGAGGGCACUACGCUAUAUACCCAAGACUCAAAUGCAAAGUAA